AUGCCCAAUCUGCGCGCAGGAUUUGGAAAUUUGGUUUAUACAGCUUUAUUGCACGAAAGAUAUUGCGAACUGGCUCUAAGAAAUUAUUCACGAUCACAAGCAAAAUUUAACUGGUGUUUAGCAUCUAAUAAAUGCUACUCGGGCCAAAUCCACGAAGGAGGAAAUGCAAGAAUGAUCUGUAUAAGCUGUAAGGAGUCAACAUGCGUACAUCACCAAUUGCCAUGGCAUGAAGGAUUAACAUGCGCUGAAUACGACAAUUCAACAAGGAAACACAGCGGAGAAGAGGAGAAAUCUCGAGAGGAAGUGAGGAAGAUAUCGGUGGCUUGUCCGAAGUGUGCUGCGCCUAUUGAGAAGAAGGGUGGUUGUGCGCAUAUCAAAUGUUUGAGUCGUGGUGGGAAGGGUAGAUGUGGAUUUGAGUUUUGCUAUUAUUGUUUGGUGCCGUGGCAGCUUGGUGCACCGAGACAUAGAUGGGAUUGUAGGGCAAAGUGGUGGUAG